AUGGAAAGAAACUGUGAAGUACAGAAGCCAACGGGGGAGAUAUCCACACAAGAAAUGGAAACCAGUGAGAACAAGGUUUACCUGGAGGAUGGUGUGGAUAUCGCUCAUCGUCUUGGCCCAAAGAGAACGGAUGGAUCCAACAGACCAGUCAUCAUCCUGUUUGCUCUUCGCCGUAUCCUUGAUGCUGUGUGGAAGUGUGCCAAAGGCUGCAAAUUUCUCCGCGACAACAAGCUUCGUCUCACUCAAGCGCUGUCUCCCGAGGACAGACUUGCAAGAGAGAAACUCUGGCCCCUGGUGGACAAAGCCAGGAAAGAAGGGAAGAGAGCCACCCUCAUCGGUCCCUUCGCGCUAAUCGAUGGAAAGAAGAUGAACCACUGGGAUGUGAAGUAA